CCAAGGAGUUCCAAAACCGGCGGCGCCGAACUGAGCAAAACCAAUCCCGGGAGGAGAAGCACGUGAUGCCAGACACCACCUCUUCCUCGUUCAGAUUCCAUUCGGUUCGAUCUCCUCUCCUCCGUCUCCGGCGCCGGCACCGGUCAUGGCGUCCCGCUCCUCCUCGCAGUUCGACGAUCCGGCGGCGGUGAGGCGCCCCCCGCAGCAUGAGCGGAAGCCGCCGUAUAUGCUGCUGCUCCCGCUGGUCUACGCCCCCGUGCUCCCCCUCAUCAGGAUCGGGCUGCGGAGCAACCCCGUGUUGAGGGACCGUCUCUUCUACGGCGUCCUCGCCGGCGCAUUCGCCCACGGCGCAUACCUCAUGCACCCCUUCAUUCUUGCUUGUGCAAACUGGUUUACACUGCCAAUGGUCGUGACUGCAUGUCUGCAUCUACCAUACCAAUCGGAGCUAUAUGACGUGGAGAGCAAAUGAGUUGCAUCCUUCUAAAGAUCAGGAGAUGAGUUUUCAGACCACAAUUUUGAUUAUUGAAUCCGCAUUGGAUAAGAGCUGACUGGGUCUUCAGAUUGACAAGUGUGCCAUGUACCUAUAUUUCCUUUCAUGUUAUUAUGUUUGCCAAAAGGAUAGAGUUUGAGCACUCAAAAUAAUCCUGACAGCGAGAAGUAUAUAUCCAUUCACAAGUCAUCGCCUUGCGUUAAUAAAUGAUUUUGAUUAUAGCUA